UGCCCUGCGCUCCUGGACCCUGCCCUGUACGAGACGGAGCCCCCAGAAGCCAUCGUUGAGACCCGCGAGCGUUUGGACCAGCAGGCCCUGGAGUCUGCCCUGGCUGAGCCCCAUGAGGCCCUGAGGCUUGCCGAUGCCAUCCCGCUCAAGCCCCCUCCCGCUGAGACUCCGCCCAUGUGCCCCGAUUUCGUGCACCAUUGGAGAGAUGCCGAG